AUGGGUGCUCUCGAGGAACGCAACAAGGCUAUCGUUAACAAGUAUUUCGAGGAAUACUGGGUCAAGGGCAAUGUGAACGUGGUCGACGAGGUCUGCUCCGACGACUUUCUCCAGAGCUACCCUAACCAUGGACCUCGUCACGGCAAGGAGGGAGCAAAGACAAUGCUGAGGGAGUUUAUGGAGGCUUUUCCCGACCUGACCUUUCGAGCUUACCAGACCCCAUUGAUUGCGGAGGGCGACUACGUAGCAGCCCAAUGGGUUGGCGGCGGUACUCACACCGGCCGUGCCUUUGAUGACUUUACCGUGGGCGAGCUCAAGACGCCCAACACUGGCAAGAAGAUUCACUUCUCUGGCAUGACCAUCUUCACUCUCAAGAAUGGAAAGAUUGUUAAGGAGAUUGCUGAGGAGGGCGGAAUCACUGUUUUGCAGCAGCUCGGAAUCGUGACCCCGCCUAAGCCUGGCAAGGAGAUUGUUUAUGACAAGGAUGGCAACCAGGUUUACUAA